UGGUUCUUCUGAAUUCUAAAGAGACUCAGGCAGAGCUGGGCUGGACCUCCUACCCCCCCAACGGAUGGGAGGAGAUCAGCGGUGUGGAUGAGAAGUAUAAGCCCAUUCGGACCUACCAGGUGUGUAACGUGAUGGAGCCCCUGCAGCAGAACAACUGGCUGCAGACCGGCUGGGUGACACGCCGCGGCGGGCAGCGGAUCUUCGUGGAGCUGCAGUUCACAUUGCGGGACUGCAACAGCAUCCCGGGAGUAGCUGGGACUUGUAAGGAGACCUUUAACCUCUUGUACGUUGAGUCGGAUCGGGACCUGGGUGGCGUGACCCGGGAGGACCGCUACACCAAGAUAGACACCAUCGCUGCAGACGAGAGCUUCACGCAGGGCGACCUCGGGGAGAGGAAGAUGAAGCUGAACACGGAGGUGCGUGAGAUCGGUCACCUGAACAAGAAGGGCUUCCACCUGGCCUUCCAGGACGUGGGCGCCUGCGUGGCUCUGGUGGCCGUCCGCGUUUACUAUAAACGCUGUCUGGCGACCGUGCAGAACCUGGCGGUGUUUCCUGACACGGUGGCCGAGGCCGCCUUCGCCACGCUGGUGGAGGUGCGUGGCUCCUGUGUCAAUAACUCUGAGGUGGACACGGACGUCCCUCCCAGGAUGCACUGCAGCGCUGAAGGAGAGUGGCUGGUGCCCAUCGGGAAGUGCAGCUGCAGCGCCGGCUAUGAAGAGGGUCACAGCAGCUGUGAAGCGUGUCCGGUGGGCUCCUACAAGAUGUCGUCCAGGCAGCAGGAGUGUUUCCCCUGCCCAGCUAACAGUAUUGCAGAGGAAGAAGGAUCUGUGGUGUGUGUGUGUGAYGAAGACCACUUUAGGACUCCUCUGGAUAAUCCCUCGGCACCAUGCACACGACCCCCCUCCCCACCCAGAGACCUGGUCUACACUCUGAAGCAGUCCACUCUGAUCCUGGACUGGUCCCCUCCCUCUGACAGCGGCGGUCGGGCAGACCUGACCUACAGCGUGGGCUGUCGGCGCUGCGUUGGGGGGCGGUGUGAGCCGUGUGGGGCCAGCGUGGGCUUCGUUCCUCAUCAGGUGGGACUGACGGACAGAACRGUGACGGUGGUCAACCUGCUCCCAAACACCAACUACACCUUAUCUGUGGAGGCCCUGAACGGAGUGUCAGAACUGCUGCCCAGCAAGAGGUUCUUCACCCAGGUCAACGUGUCCACAAGKCUGCCUGCUCCGUCUCUGAUCAGUGAGCUGCGAGCAGAGAAGAUCGAGCAGAAGAGCAUCACACUGGUGUGGAGGGAGCCCUCGUACCCCAACCACAGCCGCACUGACUACGAAAUCAAGUACUUUGAGAAGGAACAGAAGGAUCAGAGUUAUUCCACCAUGAAGACCUCGGCCACUCGGAUCAGCAUCAACAACCUGAAACCCAGAACCACAUAUGUCUUCCUCAUCCGUCCCUUCUCUACGUCGUCCCCCUCUUUGUCUCUGUCCUCCUCUGCUCUGUCCUCCUCUUCUUCAUCCUCUACCUCCCCCACCUCCUCCUCCCCCCUGCCUCCCAUUGAUUAUGGAGGGUACAGCGCCCCCCUGGAACUGCAGACUCUUGGAGAGCUGGCGCUGGCGUCCAGCGAGCAGAACCCGGUGGUGAUCAUCGUCAUCGUGUCRGUGGCUGCCCUCAUCAUGCUGCUCUCCAUGGGGGGAGGACUUCUCAUCUGGAGGAGACAGUGUGGCUACAGCAAAGCUUCUCAGGAGGGAGACGAAGAACUUUACUUCCAGUUUAAAAUCCCAACAAGAAGGACYUACAUCGACCCGGAGACCUGUGAGGACCUGCUGCAGGCUGUGCACGC